AUGGCAUCACGACGCUCACGUCCCCCUUCACGGCCGCCCUCUCCCUCCCCAAGCCCUCCAGCCCCUCGUCGCGCCCCCUCCCGCGGCCGCGACGAUGAGCACUCCCCUCCUCCAGUCCGAAAACGGCGACACAACAACCGGUCCCGCGGCGCGCCGGGGUACAGCCAACCUCACGAGAAAAACCCACCCAACAAGAUCGAGCUGUUACUGUCCGUGUUCCGCGACACGACGGCGCAGAGCUGGCACACGGUACCGUACAGCUACGACCGGCGUCGCGCGACGGACACGGAACUCUGGAGCGACAUCCGCUCGAUCUACCGGAACGAGUUGCAGCUGGUAUGGAGGAGGUUGUUGCUGUUUAAGAGACUGAAAUUCGUGGCGCCGAUCACGUAUACGAGGAAUGAAGUCCCUGUAAGGGUGGAAGAGAAGGAUCUGCCGAAUAAACACGCGUUCAUGCACGCGUAUCACCAUCCUGAGCAGUUGAGGACGGAGCAUAGCUGGGUGGAUUUCUUCGCGUACAUGGCGGAGGAUAAUGAGGGGGUGAGCGUGGGACUAGAGUUUGUGGAGGGUUUGUGGGCAGAGAAGCUGGCUGUUGUGGCGGUCGCGGUUAGCGUGGCGAUUGUGGUGGUGAGUAUCGUGUGGUGUGUACGGGGAGGGGAACUGCAGACCGUGUUUACAGUUAUGGGCUUUGUGCUUUCGGGCGCUGCUGGUGAGUGGAGACCUUUCCUGGUGGAAUUUGUGAUUGUGGGGGACAAGGGGAGGGGUGCGAAAAGUGCUGAUGAUCAUACAGCUGAGGUCGCGCUCGUGGCGCUGUAUUAUCAGGUCACACUGCCUGGAUGA